UAUGCACGCACCUUCGAAAAAUACAUUUAAUUUAUUUUUUCAUUUUAUUCUACAAUCUGAGAAAAUUACCCACCCUAAUAGUGGUCUACCAUUGAAAUCAAACAGUGCUGCGACUUGGUGGUCAUAUAAUUGGUCAAUAAAAGGCGUAACACCUAAACAUUUGAUUUGAUUUGCAUAUCAUUUGUGCCAACUCAUCGUCCUUUGACAUGACCUGUCACGUGUAUCGAAUUAUUUGACCAAUGUAUUGGCGGUUAACAAAACCCAAGUGAUAAACAAAUAUUUUAUCAGUCAUCCAGCGAAUGGAGUACACCAAAAUGUGACUAUAAAUAUUCCAACAGCGAAUGGGGGAUAUUUCAGUCUAGCCGAGAAGAUGGCACAUAAAACACAAACUCCUGGAUUGGAAUAUCGUUUAGCGGAUAUGGCAGAUUUGGCGCAUCAAAAGUUGCUACUGUGCCAGGUUUGCGGGGAUCAAAGUUCGGGAAAACACUACGGAGUGAUAUGUUGUGAUGGGUGUUCGUGUUUCUUCAAGCGUAGUGUACGCAAGGGUAACAUAACCGCCUACAGUUGUAUAGCCGGAAAGGGAAACUGCAUCAUAGAUAAGGCCCGCAGAAAUUGGUGUCCGUUUUGUCGUUUCCAGCAAUGCCUUAAGGUGGGCAUGAAUGUCCAGGCUGUGCAAGAAGAACGUGGUCCUCGACAUCAAAAUGCCGGCGCUUUGAACUGUUCCGCGGAAACCCCUAAAACAAUGGCCAAAGCCCAUGCAACAAAACGUCUAAGCUAUUCCUCAAGUGUUAUGUAUUGUUAUGCAAUGUCAUCACCUCUCACACCGUCAUGUUCUGGGGGUUUGAAAAAUUCAACUUUGUCACCCCAAUCCAAUGAAAAUGCCUUUAACUUCCAAAUGCUAGCUCAAAUUCUGGUAACCUGUUUGCGUCAGGCCAAGAGCAAUGAACAAUUCCGCACACUGUCCCGCUGUCAGCAAGAUGCCAUUCUCCAUUUGGUUUGGAGCGAAUGCUUUGUGCUGAGAGCAUCGCAUUGGACACUCGACAUUUCGGCCGUAUUUGAAGCCUGCGGUGAUGUGGCCUUGCAACGCAUCAUCAACGAAGCGAAGCAAAUCAACGCCGAUGUAAUGGAAUUAAAUUUUCUUGAGACGCUUAUUCUGUGUCGCAAGGAAUAUGCCUUAAAUUCUGAAUAUGCCUCGCUCUUGGAGUCCUUCAGCAAUAAUGCUCUCUUGGCAUUGGCCCGCUACACGGCCCAACAGUCGAAUUGGCUGCGUUUUGGUUCUCUGCUGUUGGCCUUGCGUCAAUUGUCACUGAGACGUUAUGAAUGCACCCUGACCGGACUUUUUCGUUCCAUUGUCAAGGAUAUCAUUAAGACAUUGUAGGAGAUUACAAGUUUGGGUGUUAAGGAAAAUGGAACAUCAAGAGUUGAUGUCGUUUAUGAUACAAAAAUUAAUGGCUAAAAUAAAUUG